AUGUUAGCGGCGCGAGCUCAAGCGAUCAAAAGACUGAAGCAACAGCAUCCUUUUGUUGAAGAAGGCUUACUUCUAUCCAAACUCAUGGCAUACUGUUCCAGAGAAGCACAUUCCUGCGUAGAAAAGGCUGCGAUGAUUUGUUUCGUGAAGUUGAGGAUUUUAGAACCGGAUGAGAAAUCUUCGUUGAGAGGAAAAACUCUUUUGAUGGCUAUGGAAGAAGACGAGACCAUGGGUCUCAUUCCAUUUUUCGUAUCUACCACGUUGGGAACUACCUCCUGUUGCGCCUUCGACAACUUGGAAGAAAUCGGUCAGGUAUGCCAGAAGUUUCCUUGCGUUUGGUUGCAUGUGGAUGCAGCGUACGCAGGAAGUGCCAUGAUCUGCCCAGAGCUGAAAUAUCUACUUAAAGGCAUCGAGUACGCAGAUUCGUUCAAUACAAACCCCAACAAGUGGCUGUUGACAAAUUUUGACUGCUCUACUUAUUGGGUUAGAGACAGAAUUCGACUAACCUCUGCAUUGGUAGUCGAUCCUUUGUACCUCCAACAUGGUUACUCAGAUGCCACAAUCGAUUACAGACACUGGGGAGUUCCUCUAAGCAGACGGUUUAGGUCGUUGAAGAUAUGGUUCGUGCUAAGAAGCUACGGCAUUUCUGGAUUGCAGAAGUACAUAAGGAACCACAUUACGCUUGCACAUAGGUUUGAAGAACACGUGGCGAAGGAUAGGAGGUUUGAAAUAUGUAACGAAGUCAAAUUAGGUCUCGUAUGUUUUCGACUGAAAGGAAAUGAUAAACUGAACGAGAAGCUGCUGAGCAGCAUCAACGCCUCUGGAAAACUUCAUAUGGUUCCAUCGAACGUCAACGAUAAAUACGUCAUCAGGUUUUGUGUAGUAGCAGCUGAUGCUGAAGAGGAAGAUAUAGGUAAAGUUGACACCACAAAUACAUGGACCCGUCCAAACACAAACGUUUCAAACAUAAGCGCGUGGAAUGGCUCAUUAGUCAUCGCAAAUGACCAUUUUCAUCAAUCAAUUAAAAUCUCAAAUAUACUAGCUUCACAGGUGACUAUUUGA